UCUCUCUCUCUCUCUCUCUCUCUGUCUCUCUCUCUCUCUCUCUCUCUCUGUCUCUCUCUGUCUGUCUGUCUGUCUCUCUCUGUCUCUGUGUCUCUCAGUUUUUUUUCGUCCAGUAGUAGUUAAACCCAAGUGAGAGCGGCGUGUGAAGUGUGUACAGCCAGACAGACGUAUGGACACGUCAUUGUUAGCUGAUCACAUAUAUUAGACGUUCAUGAUUUCUUUGGAGUGUGUGACGACCCGCGUCUCGAGUCACUCAUAGGGAAGGAAGUGUGAAGGGAAGAUCACUCAACAGACGGCACAAAUGAAGACGCGUAUGUACACUAGAGAAAGUGGCCACAAACCCGAAGCGAGUCAAUCAGAGACGCAUGAGCCGUAGAUCCAGAAACACAAUGAGAAGACGCUGAGAUCAUCUCAGCCUCAGGUCAUGAUGGAGAAGUCUGAGCCCCCCUCCUCACCCCCCCACUCCCCGUGUCUCAGUCCCCCUCACACGAGCUCUCCGGCUGGUGAUGAUGCUGUGAAACCGGAGGCAGAAACACCCCUCCAGCAUAGCCCACCUGCAUCAUCCACAGACUCCGCCCACAUCUCCUCCUCCUUGCCAUCAACAGCCUUGCCAACGACUUGCCAUCCUUGCCUCCCUCCCGACAUCCCCGUUAUUAAUCUGGGUCACAGCAAACCCCCCAUGCUGGUCCCUCCACUGACGGCCCUGCACCCCGCACCCUCACUCCCGCACCGUCUGGCACAUCUGUCCUCGCUGUCCGGCACCGCCCUCCGCCCCCCCCCGUUUCUCCAGACUCACCCCUUUAUCAACAGCUCAUUUCUCACUCCGUCUGGAGGUUUCAGGAUCUUUAGCAGCGCUCACAUGAAGAGACGGCCGUCUGCACACUUUGAGUUGGAGCUCAAUGAAGGUCCUCCUCAGAAGUUGGCUCGCCGUGUUUUCACGAACAGUCGUGAACGUUGGCGGCAGCAAAAUGUAAACGGGGCUUUUUCUGAACUGCGCAAACUCAUCCCGACUCAUCCGCCCGACAAAAAACUCAGUAAGAACGAGAUCCUGCGACUGGCCAUGAAGUACAUCAACUUCCUCGUCAGGCUGCUGAACGAUCAGGCGAGCGAUCGGCCAAUUAAAAGAACGCCAGACGCGUCGGUGGAGGGAGAAGAUGAUGCUGAUGCGGCGAGACGCAGAGACUCCACGGACUCCGUGAUGCAGCCGACGCCGUCGCCGGGCUCCAGUUGCUAUGGCGACACAGACGGCGAGGAGAGCGUCAGGGGGAAACCUGGGAUUCUGGAGAAGGUUCAGGAACAGAUUCUGGUGGUGACAGCGAGCGACUAUCAGCGAUGACGAACAAUAACAGAGCGUAAACUGAAACUUUGUUCUCUGACGGCAUCACGUAGUGUCGGACUUCCUGUUGUUAAAGCACAGAUCUUUAUUUGAUGUGUUGACAUCAGUCAGUUCUGCAUUUGUGUUCCUCUCACACACAGAAGAAGUCUCACAUGAGGAAUCAAGUACAACACUGGAGAUCGUUUAAAGGAAUAGUUCACCCAGAAAUCAAACGUCUGUCAUGAAUUACUCACUCUCUAGGUUGGUUGUCAUCAUUGCUUGAAUACAGACAAAGAGAUUUGAAUUUCCUACACUCUUUAAAAUAUCUUCUUUUGUGUUCAACAGAACAAAAAAAUAUUAUAAAGACAUUUUUCCUACUAUGGUAGUCAAUGGUGUCCAAGAACUUGUCGGUUACAAGCAUUGGUUCAAAUAUCUUUCUGUGUGUUCAUCAGAACAAAGACAUUUAUACAGAUUUGGAACAACUCGAGGGUGAGUAAACGAUGACAGAAUCUUUCUUUUUGGGUGAAGUAUCCCCUUUAACAUAUCAAUAACACGAGAAGAAACUAAAAAAGGAUUUACUUUGUUUUUAAACCGCUUGUUUUGUUUGUUUCUGUGGACUUACGUGAAUUCAGUUGUGAAUUGGGUUGUAGAGAAAAUAAAUGUGUGUGUGAACAGAGAUUAAACCCUGAAGAGAAGUGACGCCUGUUUUAUGUGUGUUGAGCUGAUAUAAACGUGUGUGUUUGUGUUAACAUGAUAUCAGUGUUGGGCAAGUUACUCUGAAAAAGUAUUUAAUUACUUAAUACUUUCUAUAUACUAUAUCAACCUUGAUUAGUAACAUUUACAUUUAGUCAUUUAGCAGACUUUUAGAUUUAGCAGUUCAGUGAUUCAAGGAUAGACAUGAAAUGGCUCUUUUAAUUCAUUCAAAUAAAUAAUAUAAAAUGACAUAAAGUAGUAGUAUUAACUGACCAAAGCAUUACAAAUGUGAGAAUUAUACAUUAAAGCACAGAUUUUAAAGUUAGACUUUGAAUUUUGAUGUCAAUUCCACUAUUGCACACACAUAUAUUACACAAAGUAUUGAGUUUAAUGACAUCAGAAGUAACUGUAAUUAAAUUAACUUAAGCAAUCCCUUGCUUUACUUUUUCCAAGGGAAAAGUAAUUAAAUUACAGUAACUAAUUACUUAGUAACUAGUUACACCCAACACGGCACGAUAUGAAUGUUGUUUUGCUGGAAACAUCAGUUUAUGUAGAUUUUGAUUCGGUAAAAUGUUCAGUGUUUCUGUGUCCACAACAUAAGCAGCAGAUGAAUGCUGAGUUUUAUUCAGGAAAAAAGUGAUUUCUGGGUUAUUGUCUGUAUUAUCACUUUGACUGUAAAUGAUAAAAUAGUCAUCAGAAGUAAAGCUGAGAGAAUUAUUGAUCACCACACAUUUAUUUUUGAUCUAGCAGACGUGUUUUAUUAAACAGUGUGUGACUGUUUACUGCUCUUCAUUUGAUGGAUUGAGUCUUUCUCAUUUGAGUGGAAGUGUUGUGUCUGCCCGUUGUGCAAUUCGUUUUUCCCAGGAUUUUUCAUCCUUAAGAGUCGUGUCGAGCGUUAGAAGGUUCGUCCUAUGGCCGGACAGAACCGUGAGAAUGGAAGCGAGAUGGAAAAACUGCGUAAGUCACACCAGAGGCUGCUGCAGCUGUGGUAACGUGUGUGUGUUUGGGGGGGUCAGAGGUCAAGAGAGUUCACCUGGGGGGUGUUACGCUCAUUCUGUCAGGAAACACAUACAGUUGAUGCUGUGUCAUCGCUGGCCAACCAGCUUCCUGAACCCACCGGUACAGAAUGAAAACUGCCCCCCCCGCACACACACACACACUCCUGCAGACCGCACGGUGGGAAGGAAAACUUGUGUAACUGUAAUUGUGUGUUGAAUCACAGGCCUGCGGCAGCUCUGGAUGUGUGAGAGGCUUUUCUCUGAUACAGAGGCCACAGUGGGGGGGAGGCUGGUGUGGAGCAAUAAGAUAACCACAGCCCCCCACACACAGCAGGGCAUUAUGGGUACCACACCCUACACCCUGGCACUGUGCUCGAGCACCGGUUUCAUCAUUCCUGCAGUGGUUACCACGGUUACGACAUCCCAAUUGACACAGAGAGACACUUCCUCUGCUCACACACAAUACACACUUAUUACACUAUAAAAACUGUCACUUUUGUAAAUCAAAUUAAAUGUGUCUCAGAAAUGUGAACUAUAAUCAAAAUAUUUGCAAAAAACCAUGUAAUGGUCACACGAGAAGUCAAGCUUAAUAAAAAGACCAUUAAAGUUACUGUCCAUUUUCUUAUCAAAAACCCCUCAAACAUGUUGGUUAACAUUUUUAUUUGGUGAGCAAAAGUUGUUAAUAUUGUAAACCAAAACUGUAAUUUUCGAACAAUGUGUUAGCAGCUCAAAGAUCCUGUAAACAAUCAUACUGAUAAAAAAUAUACAUAUAGUAUAGAUCGAAUGCACUGUAAGUCACGCGGAAUAAAAGGGUCUGCGAAAUGAAUAAAUAGUAAUAUUAUAAAACAAAAACUGAAAUAGAUAAUUUUUUUAAAAAUC